UAAAUAUCUCCGACUUCACCAACCGCCUUACCCAGCAUAUGCUUCAGCUUCGACCAGUAGCCCCUCGCCAAUCACUUCAGAAAGCUCAAGUAAAUAAGAAUCUACUCACUAGCAAAUUUGUAUUUGUUCGCGUCGAUGCCAUUAGAAAAGGUUUACAGCAUCCAUAUGAAGGUCCUUUUCUAGUACUUAAACGCACCGAUAAAUACUUCACGCUGAACAAACAUGGUAAACCGGAGACUGUUUCUAUCGACCGUCUUAAACCAGCGUACACCGACAGCGAACAUGAAACACUAGCAACGCCGACACCAAUGAACAAUCAGAAAGUCAAUUCAACUCCAACUCUCCCUCUCUUCACUCUUCCCCCUGUACAGACACGCAGUGGGCGGCAGAUCUGUAAACCUGCCCGCUAUGUUCAUUUUAUUGACUGACAUAAACGUUAACCUCAUUUAGACAUUCUUCUCAUUACUAUUGUUGUCGACAUUCAUUUCAUUAUAACCAUUAAUAUUUAUUAGUAUUAUUAUUUGCUGUUCGUCAACUGUACUGCAAGCACACGCAUUCACCAAGUAUAUGUAUAUAUCUAUUUAUAUAUGAAUUUCACAAAUGUUAACGAAC